AAUUCAUUUGGGAUUCAAGAAGUAUUUAUUGAAUCCCUUCUCUGUGCCAGGCACUUUACCAUAGGAGGUUACAUUCUGGUUGGGGAUGAGGGGUGGGGACAAAGAAGCAGACAGGCAAAAUUCCACUUAAUGAGUUGUUUUAGGAGUAAGCCUAGGGCAGGAAGGAGGUGACCUCUAAACAGUAUGAAGGAAGUUGAGGAGGUAUAGUCACCAGGCAAGAGGAACCUGUGUACAGCCCAGGAGGAAAGAGAGCCUUAGCUUCUUUUUUUUUUUUAAGAUUUUUAUUUUUGAUGUGGACCAUUUUAAAAGGUUUUGUUGAAUUUGUUACACGAGCCCUAGCUUUUGGAGGAGCUACAAGAAGUAAGUUUCAAUCAUGGGAGGCUUAUUAGACAUGGGUGCCAGUCUCAGGGAUUCUGAUUUGGUGGACUUGGGGGUGGGGAUCCAGAAUCUUCACAUUUAACAAGCUCCACUAGUGAUUCUACAGUAGGUGGGACUAUGGCUCAGCAUGUGAGGGAGACAUUGUGAAAGACAGGCUAGAGAUCGCAGGGACCAGGCUGUGAAAGGCUGGUGGGUCAGCCCGAUGAGGUUAGUCUUUAUACCAAAGGAAUCAGAAGGCCACUGAAGAGCUUUCAUCCAGGGAACAACAAGAAUCUCUGCAAAGAUCCCUCCUCCAGCUGCAGUGUAGAAAGAGGACAGGACUGCUGGCUGAUGUGACCUUCCCGCCUUGAGUGGGUGUUGGCCUGAAUUGAGAAAAAGGCAGUGGGGCUAGAGAAGUGGCUGAAUUUGGGAGAACAGGGGGGUGGGCAGGAGCAUCCACAGGACCUGGUAAUGGACUGGCUUUGAGAUAAGGGAAAUAAGGUGGCCAGAGGGCAAGGAAAUGGGUGGUGAGGGGCCAAAACCUGGUACAGGAAGUCUGAGGGGUGUGAGGAAUCCCUAAAGCCCAGUUCCCAUGCUGAAUUUAUGAUUAAGCUGCCUGUCCAAAGCUUUAUUCCCUUUCUUGUCCCAUCCCUGUCUCCCUCAGGAUGAGGACUGUCAAAGAAAAGGGAAGACUGAAAAUGAGCAGGACCCUGCGGGGCCUUCCCAGGUGGAUUCUUUACUGACUGAGCCACCAGGAAAACCCCAGAUGCCACCUGAGACUCAUCUCAAAAGCCUGCCUGUCACAUACCCUACAAUGACCCCAGAGCUUGAACAUGCCUGAAACUGGAAGUGUUAGUCCCUCAGUCUUGUCCAGCUCUUUGUGACUUCAUGGACUAUAGCUCACCAGGUUUCUCUGCCCAUGGAAAUCUCCAGGCAAAAAUACUGGAGUAUCACGCCAAUCCGAGCCCACAGUCAAGGCAAUCAAGGACCACUAUUGGCAAACCUCUGCGACCCGCGCCACAAGUCUCGCGAGAUCUCUCCUGUGCGCUUCGCGGCGUCAUCCUCUCGCCGGCCGCGGCGGCGACGGCGACGGCGACGGCGUGUGAGGUACUCACAGGGGCGGCCCGUAUCCCUCCGCCGCCGGCGCGGCCCGGCCCUCCCUUCCCCCGGCCCGCCAAUCCCCGCUCUCCCGACCUGCCCCUCGGCCUGGGCCCACCCCGCGCCCCGGCUGCCCCACCCCGGCGGCGCCGCCCGCCCGCGCGUCCCUCGGUCCACCUGCAGCAGGCAGUCCCUCCGGCUGUCCUACCCAGAGGCGCCGGCCGAGCCCGAGGCCUGAGCUCUUGCUCUCCGGCGGAGGGAUCCGCGGCGGCUGAGGAGGCGGCGCUGAGCCUAGAAGGAAGAGGCAGCUACCGCGGUGGCGGCGGCGGCGGUGGCGGCGGCGGCUCGGGCGGCAGCGCAUAA